UUGUAAGACGUGUCGUGCACGAGGGUACCAGCGUAUGUCGCGUAGUAUUUCGUUACAUAGUCAAUACAUAUACACAUUUGUUGAGUGCUUUCUGCUCAUACAUUGCUAUUGGUGGCAGCAGCUACAAGUCAGUGCACUCUUCGUUCAUAAAGUGAUAUUUGUGCGUAGGUGACCACUACGUGUACACGGUGAUUCGUUUAUACACAACGGCCAAUAAUAAGAUAGAAAAUGUCAUUUCCUUGAUUAGGUGACAGUGCUUUUCUGCAAUCUGUAUUAUUCUUCUGCUCGGCGAUUUUUCGCGAUACCUGACAGUGAGAUUAUCCGACGAAAAUAAUGCUACGAUGUCACACUACAAUAGAAACCCAAGUAGUCAGAGGCCUACGGUGAUUGAUUACGAACGUCAAUUUCAAGAGGAUUUAGAAUGUGCACAAGCAUUGAGUUUAGAAAGUCUUGCGUUAGAGAAAUUUAAAUUACAGAAGCAACGGUCUGAAUUUAGUACUAUUCCACAAACACAGAACGAUGUACAUAAAGGAAACAAUAUUGUACAUAGUAGUACAUCAGAAACAGAUAGUGUACAUCACGUUGAAAAAUUUCAAUGUAGAAGUCGACCAAGGCCAGGAGCCUUUAAUACUAAUCAAUCUAAAAAUGCUGUGAUAUUAGCACCACCACCAAUUCCAUCUAGACGAAAUUCAACGUCAGCUACAACAAGUCAGGAGCAGUCUGAUGACUUAAUUAAUUUUACAAGUCCAGUAAAACAAGAUAAUUUAACUGAUUAUUGUUCACCUCCUCUUCCUCCAUCAAAAUCAGUAAUAGAACCAAAAUGGGAGACUCAUCCCAUAAUAUUAAAGAAGCAGGCAAAAGUAGCACGUAGUAGUAGUUCAGCCGGUUAUCACUCUAGAGACUUCCGAUAUCAGUCACUUUCUCCAGGUCCUGGAUCUUCCACUGCACCUUGUACACCUGGGACUCCAAAAAUUAGUCCCAUCAUGCCAAGAUCCAGUAGUAUUAGCAGUAAUGUACCUGAUGCAACACCGCAACCUGCAUGGAAUUUUUGUGAUUUAAAACAUUAUUUUUUUAUGCAGAUACCUCCAUUGCCUAUGAACUACAGACCGAGUAUUACUUCUUCUGUAUGUAGUAUUCAGAAGCCUACGUUCUCUACAGACGAUGAGCAGCUAAGUGUGUUAAAAGUGAUAGAGAAAAAGCCAAAUAAUAAUCUUAUAGAUUUGAGUUCUUUUGAUCAUAUAGAAGAUAAAACAAAUGUUCGAGUCAGUGUACUGGAAGCAUUUGAUCCAUUACUUGUUAAGACUGAAAAUCACACUGAUAUUGCACAGGGACAUAAAGAUGAGGCACAAUCACAAAUUAGUGGAUCAGUAUAUGAUCCAUUUGAUCCAUUCGAUUAUAUGUAUAGCACAAAUGAAAGUGUUAAUUCAGAUCCAGUAUAUGUAGCUGUAGAAAAGUCUGCUAAAUCUCCAGCUUUAUCCCCAGCAGCACCACCACCAUUACCUCCUAGAAAUUCCUCUGCUUGGAACACAAUUGAAAGAAGAAGAACUUCGUUAGAUAGAAGACAAAAACGACAGACUCGUUUAUACGAGAAUGUAACAGUAAGGAAAACUAGACCAUCGCUACAUGAUUGUGAUCUAAAAGCUUUUCACGAGAUGAUGAAAUCUGUGCGAAGUGAUUUUCCAUUUAAUGAUCCCAGUACAAAUAUUGGACAUAUAAUCAGUCCAAUGAUAGAAAAUUUAUAUCCUGAUGGCACAAGCAUAAAAUUGGUUGUACAUCCUCAGUUAAUGGAUUCUGAAGAUACUCCGUCCAUUUCAUUUACUUGUAACGUCAAUUGCAGUGUUGAACAUGUUAUUCUUAACGUCGCCUGUUCGUUAGAAGAUGAAGACACAGUGAACAUAGAAAAAUAUUGUUUGAGAGUAUUGGGAUUGGCAGAAUAUUUUGCACCUAAUACAACUUUAGCUCAAUAUGAGUAUAUACAUCAGUGUAUUAAACUAGAAAAGGAUAUUGAAUUAGCAAUCCAAACAAAAGCACAAAUUAAAAGAUCCAUAGCUCGAACACUUCAGGAUGAUAAUCGUGACCAAUGUCUUAAAUUAGAAGAUAUUCUUCCAAAUGAACCUGUUCAACCUAUUUCUUACGAUACACUACUAAUUUUAUUAGAAACCGUAGAAAAAGAAAUGGAACGUGUAGAAACUGCUGCUAUACAAUUAGCGACUGCAAAUGAUAGGUCAAGUCUUUUACCACAGUUACAACCUCGUGGCGUUGUUCAAGCAGUGAAAGCAGUCUGUGCGCUAAUGGGAAAUAUAGAAACGUUUGAAAUCACAGAAGCUGUCGAUAAUUUUGUGAACGCAUGCUGUCAAUUUUUACCCCAAGUUCAUACAACAAAUAUUGAGUGCAAGAAACCUGAAAUCUUACAUGAAGAUGGCGACUACUCCGUUGUGACUUUAAGAACAAAAUUUCCAGAUGUAAUUGGUUCUCACUGUCGUAAAAUUCGCGACGCAAUUCAAGAUCUUGUAGAAACUUAUUGCCAUGCGUUUAGAGUUGACUUUGAACUGAAUACCAAGGGAGAAUUUCCAACAAAUACUUUAAUAUCAUCUGAUGUAUUGGACACUGUGUUAGUUCGUGUUGGCGCAUUACAUAGGCUACCAGGAUCAUGGAAGCAUGAUGAUUAUAUUGUUGCGGCCCAAAUAUUUCACGGAACUAGACCUGUUGGAAACCCAGUUUUGUCCGAACCUAUGGCAGUCAGUUCUAAUUUUUAUCCUAGAAUUUUAUUCAAUUCAUGGUUGGAGUUCCAUGGUAUAAGCGUAUGUCAAGUACCAAGAGAAGCUAGAUUGGUAUUAGUUUUAUAUGGUCGCACAUUACAACCUACUGAACACGAAUCAAAUUCGUCUACGGAAAAUACAAUGCAAAAGGAAGAAUUGGGUUGGGGUGCUAUACAAUUUUUCGAUUAUGAAGGAGUUAUGAGUCAAGGAAGUUUCUUCCUAUCUUUUUGGCCAGCGAUUGCUGAUAAAAGAUUAGGACCUGCUCCAGCACCUGGAAUUCAUCCCCAUGGGGAUACGCACCCUAUUAUUGGUUUAGAAUUGCCCGAUUAUGGGGGAAAAGUAUUAUUUCCAACCGAAUUGAGAGAUUAUGAUGUUGAAUCUCUUGAUUUCAAUUCAUUAGAUCAGAAUACUCAAGAGUUAUUGAUAGAUAUUACGCAACAAACAACAUUCUCAAGACCUGCUAUCGAAGACAGAGAAAUUUUAUGGGAGAAACGUCAUUAUUUACACGAUAUACCAGAAGCUUUGCCUAAAGUGCUUUUAGCUGCACAUAGUUGGGAUUGGGCAUGUCUACCCGAUCUUCACGCAUCUCUCAGAGUUUGGAGUCCUCUGCCUCCAGUUCAAGCUCUACAAUUAUUAUUACCUUGCUUUCCAGAUAUGAAAGUUAGAGAAAUGGCAGUCGGUUGGAUCCGGGAAUUGAGUAACGAUGAACUCGUGGAUUAUUUGCCGCAGUUGUUGCAAGCAUUAAAACACGAGACAUACGAGACUUCGUCCCUUACGAGAUUUUUAAUAGAACGGGCAUUAAUUUCGCCGCGAGUAGCUCAUCAUAUUUAUUGGCUGCUAACGCAAGCAUUACCGGGACAAAGUCCCCAGAAUUCUGCAGAAGCUACUCCAGAAGAUGACAAAAAUAUUAGUUAUGCACGUUACCAUAGGAGGUUACAAUUGAUGUUACGAGCAUUGCUGGCUGUGAUUGGCGAUGCACUAAGAAACAGCUUUCUCACGCAACAAUUACUAGUUAAAAAUUUACACGAAGUGGCAGAAAAUAUUAAACUAAUAAAAGAGUCAUUGCGGAUAGAUGCUCUUAAAGUUGGCUUACAAAAUAUACACUGUCAGUUAAUGGAAGAUGAAGGUACAUGCUUACCAUUGUCACCUGGUAAACAAGUAUUUGGUAUAAACGUGCAAACCUGUUCAUAUUUUCCAUCAUUCACUCUUCCAUUGAAAAUCAGUUUCAUUAGCAAUGACGACGUUAUUUGUCCAGCGAUUUUUAAAGCUGGCGAUGAUUUACAACAAGAUAUGUUAACUCUUCAAAUGGUUCGUAUUAUGGAUAAACUUUGGUUAAAAGAAGGCCUUGAUCUGAAAAUGGUAACAUUCGCCUGCGUGCCUACCGGGCAUAAACGUGGAAUGAUAGAAAUGGUUGCAGAUGCAGAAACAUUGCGAAAAAUACAGGUUGAAUUCGGUCUAACUGGUUCUUUUAAAGAUCGACCAAUCGCUGAAUGGUUAGCAAAGCACAAUCCUUCAGAACUAGAAUAUGAAAGAGCUGUUGAAAACUUUACUGCAUCUUGUGCGGGCUAUAGCGUUGCCACUUACAUUUUAGGAAUUUGUGACAGACAUAACGACAAUAUUAUGUUAAAAACAUCAGGUCAUUUGUUCCACAUUGAUUUUGGGAAAUUCUUAGGAGACGCACAAAUGUUUGGUAAUUUUAAAAGGGACAGAACACCGUUUGUGUUAACUUCUGAUAUGGCAUAUGUCAUAAACGGUGGUGAUAAACCUUCAGCCAAAUUCCAUCAUUUCGUGGAUCUGUGUUGUCAAGCAUUUAAUGUUGUACGAAAACAUGGAAAUCUGAUAUUGCAUCUUUUUGGAUUGAUGACUUCAUCUGGUAUUCCUGGUGUGACUGUGGAUGCAGUUAGUUAUGUACAAAAAGCACUUCUUCCGGAACAAACGAAUCCUGAAGCAGCGGCAACCUUCGCGCGAAUGAUCGAAAGUUCACUUAAAAGUUGGUUCACACAGUUCAAUUUCUUCUUGCAUAACUUGGCACAACUAAGAUUUUCGGGUGAUCACAAUGAUGGUGCACUAUUAUCAUUUAUUCCACGCAUAUAUACAAUGCAACAAGAAGGUCAACUUACAAGUGUUCAAGUACAUGGAUAUCAAAAACGAUAUGACCCUGAAAAAUAUUAUAUGUAUAUUCUGCGUAUACAGCGGAAAGGUCAUGCAGAUCCUACUUAUUUAUUUCGUUCGUACAAAGAAUUUUGUGAAUUUUAUCAAAAACUGUGUAUUCAUUUUCCACUUGCGAAAGUUGCUAGUUUACCAAGUGGCAUAAGUGUUGGGAGGUCUAAUAUAAAACAAGUUGCCGAUAAACGUCGAGCAGAUAUUGAAAAAUUCCUUAUAAGUUUAUUCAAAAUGGCCCCAGAAAUUUCACAGAGUGACUUAGUAUAUACAUUCUUUCAUCCUUUAUUGAGAGAUCAACAAAAUGCUGAUAUACAUUUACGUAAAGUAAAAGUUGGAAAUUGGUGGGCUGAAAAGAGAGUUAGGGAUAAUGUACAAAGUGGACAAAUUAAAAUGUCGCUUCACUACACUCGUGGAGCAUUCCACGUAAUGGUACACCAUGCACGGGGAUUGCCUAAAGUUGCUAAUGGCCAAGAGCCAAACACAUAUGUAAAGGUAUAUCUAAAACCUGAUCCUACAAAGAAAACCAAAAGGAAAACAAAAGUUGUGAAAAAGAAUUGUCAUCCUUCAUUUAUGGAAAUGUUGGAAUAUAGAAUGGCUUUGGAUGUUAUUAAAGAAAGGACAUUAGAAGCUACAAUAUGGAAUCAUGACACUCUACAAGAAAAUGAAUUCCUUGGUGGAAUACGUUUACCACUUGGACGUUUGGAUUUAACAAGUGAAAUAAUUGAAUGGUUUCCAUUAGGAAGUAUUCGAUGAAGGAAUGUAUAGAAAUUUAAAAACUAUAUAAAUGCUCAUGAUUGCUAGAUCUAUAAACUUCAAUCUUAUCGCACAAUACUAACGAUAGUAUUUUUACCGUACACGUUAAUAGUACAACUAAAAAGUAGCCCUUACAAUAUCAUUACGAACAACAUUGACACGUGCUUCACAUUUGAUCAGAACGCUUUUUAAAACAUGUUAGUCAGUGUCCUAUGAUCUAUUGCAAAAGUAUAAUUGAUGUGAGGAUAGAAACACAGGCAUAUUUCAUAAAAUUAUUCUACCUUUGCAAAAGAAGUCAUAAGUUCAGGAGCAAAUUCCUUAUUGAUCCAAAUGCCUAGUCAUAAAAAUGGUUAUUGACUUUGUGUGGAUUAUGCAGGGUGAAACACCUAUCUCGAUCACUUCGAAUAUUUACUUAAAACGUUGAAACAUGGGAUUUAAAUAGCAUCACUGAGCACAUCUUAUAAGGUGCGUGCUUUUUUGUGGGUGGAAGCGUUUUAGAGAUUUCAAGGUCACCUUGAUUUUUUUUUACUGGAACGCCCUACUUUUUGUACGAUAGUUCGAUAAAAUAUCAAAUUCUGAGUAUAAAUAUGUUGACCUUCAUAUGUCCUGUGACCUUGAAAUCUCUGAAACGUCAUCACCCAUAAAAAAGCACGCACCUUACAAGAUGUGCUCUCUGAUGCCAUUUAAAUCCCAUGUUUCAACGUUUUCAUAAACUGUACCGUUAAGUAAUUAUUCGAAGUGAUCGAGAUAAGUGCCUUACCCUGUAUACUACAAGUAUAUUAUAAAAUUAUUUGGACUUGCGAUAAUUAUUUUAUUAGUGAAAUUUUAUAAAAACGUUUAUUUAUUCUAUUUUUGUCAAGAAAUAAUCUCUGCCAAUUGUAAAUAGAUUCAAAAUGUUUUACGGUAUUAUAGCGAAUUGAUUACAAUGAUUCCUAGUUAGAUAUGUGGUUGACAAUAUAGAAUUAUAUACGUAUAUAUAUAUAAAUUUUACUUGAAUAUAAGUUCUUUGUCAGCGAUAACGAAUAUAUCGGACAGUGAAAAGACAAUUUUUACUUUCAUAUGGAAGUUUGAAAUUAUAUAUGAAAAUAAUCAAAAUAUCUCUGCCUACAAUAGUAAGAUCUAUUUGAAGAAAAGUGAUGUUUGUCGCUGUCUUCUACAAACCUUUUUUCCAUGCAAGGAAGGAGAAUGAAGUUAUGUAAAUAUGCUUUUUCACAUAUUAAUAAUUUCGCAAUUAUUUUUUACGUAUUGUGAAUAUUUUAACAUCGCUUCAUUAACUAAGCGAGCAUAAAGUUACUAUAACGAAAAUGAAGGUUCAUGUUAAUACAUUAUUGACGGGUAAUUUUUAGAGUCUAAUUUGAUUUACAAGAUCAAUAACAAUAUUUUUAUAGCAUCUUUACUCUACAAGAUUUUUAGAUUCCUGACUUACCUCCACUGCGAAAUGAAGAAUUUUAUUGUCAUAGUUGAGUCACAGAAUUAAUUAUAUCGUGAAAUAUUAAAAAAUACUGAUGCCUAAUCUACUCCCUGAUGUUGGUGUAUUGAUACAAUUAAUUUUAACCUUAAUUUUUGUUAUAAACAUUUGUCGCGUGCAAUGAGUUAAUUGAAUAGUACAAGAUAACGUUCUUUCUUUUCACUUACGUGGACCCUGAUAUUAUAUUUAUAAAAGAAAAUAUUAUUAGCAAAUAAGCCUAUCGCUUUUGCAUUAUUUUCCUAGAAUAAUCACUUUUACAAUGCUUUUGCAUGUGCUUUUCAUCUACAAUGUAAGAUCGUACGAAUUUUAGUAAUUUAUUUGUAAAUCACUUUACUUAUAUACUCGACCGAUUCUAUUAGAUGUAGAAAUACAAGAAACAUAAAUGGCCGUGAUAAUUUUACUGCAUUUUUAUGAAACAUUUUACUAUGUCACUUGUGUUACAAAUAAUUGUGGGUAACACUGCAAAAUUUCAAUGACAUAUUAUUUGCUUCUUAAUUUCCAAUACAAUAUUAACAUCCACAAAAUAAAUUGUGUAUUUUAAUGUCUAUGUACCUUUCUCAAAUCUGUGUUAUAAUUAAGCUAAUUUUCCUCAUUUUAUUUUACUAAAAGAAUUCUUAUUCAAAAAUAUGUUAAUUAUAUAUGCCUAAUACAGAAAAUAAAA